AUGGCUCAUGCGUUGCGCGCAUCUCGUCAGAGCGCCGAGGACAUCGCGGCUGGCUUUUAUGCCUUCCGCGACCCUCUCCCAGAACACGUUGGCGAGAUCACAUCGCUCAUGUCCGAGUUAUACGCAAUCAGCUCAACUUUGACCACCUUGGACCGUCUAGCCGAAGAUCCCCGAAACCGCCGUUAUUUUGAAAUGAUAAAACCCGAUUUGAAUGUGGUGCAAGCCAGUUUCACAUAUACAAUCGAGGAUAUCGGUGAUUUUUUCAGAGAUCUCGAUAACUACGAUGCCAGUCAAGCGAAAUACAAACGCACGUGGGUAGCCAUGAGCCGGUUCUUUUGGGAUCAAUCAAAUCAUAACCUGGCAAUCCGCCUAGCCAAGUAUAAGACGGCCUUUGAAGAGUUCACUGAUUUGCUAAGAGAGGGUCACUACACUUCCUCCAUCCUCGUGACCCUCGUCGGUAGCUUCAAGACUUUACUCUCCACGCAAGAUAGUCGGUCUGCUGCUCGCUUGGAAGGCAUGAUGCUCCGUCCGAAUGACUCGCCUACCAGAAACCGCGCAAGUCCCCCGAGCCCGGCGAGGGAGCGUCCGCUGAGAGACCGCCCGACGAGGGAACACUUAGUGAGAGAUCGCCCAUUGAGGGAUCACCCAAUGAGGGAUCACCCAGUGAGAGACCACCCAGCAAGAGACCGCCCAGUGAGAGAUCGCCCAGUGAGAGACCACCCAGCGAUUGACCGAAAUCCACGAAGGCAGAGGUCAUACGAGCGCACUCGACCGCCGCAUAUGUCUCCUCCACCGAUGUCACCUUCCUCUACCACUUCUUCGGAUUUCCCUCCGUCUGUACUGGAUAUCCCGCUCUCGCCGCUUACUUCUGCAUCUGCAACGACGAAUACUAGUAGCUCGACUGACCCUGAUAUUAUCAAAGAGCACUGGGCCAAGGAAACAUUCGGCUCUAAUAGCACCAGCACUCCUCUACCAUCUGUGAGAGAAAAAUCCUUGAAUGACGAGUCCGACAUGCGCGUAUCCUUCUACCUUAGGAGGACAGACCUCCGCGUCCGCAUCCUUUGCAGGGAACCCCACCGGACGGGGCCGAGUGACUACUACUGCUUGCCGCUCAAUUUACUCGAGGUCUUGCGAGAUGGCUCUUGUCUCCGACUAUGCAGACGGCGGAAUCGCGGAACAGAACUUGUUUUAUGGACGCAAUUAAAGUUCACCACAUUAGAAGGUCAGCAAUACCCAUCCGAAUGCUCUGUCUCGGCUGUCGAAGUGACAAUGCUCACACUUUAUCUUGCAGAUCUGGUGCUAUUCCAUAACACAUUUCUUGCCUUGCGAUCCCAAGAUGAAGGCCACCCUGUCGGGGAAAUUUUAGAUCACGAGCUGGCACACGAACAAGAAUGCUUUGGGGGCACAAUCACCGACGAUGACUACGUGCACGCGCUGCGCAUAUAUAAAGACACAGUGACUGGAGCUGUAAGACUCCAGGCAUCAAUCCAUCUAGGCGAGAUGAACUACACACCGGUCUGGACUGCGUUCGUCACCCACAACCUCAGGAAGCGCAGUUGGCUUAAGCUAUACGAUUCCAAAACGGUGAUUUUGCGUGAUACCAAGCCUGUGGUAUUUAUGUCAAUGGAUGAGUAUACAUCCCCGCGGACGUCACAGGGACAUCAUGUCCUGGAGUUCACAAGCUCUUCUGAUGCCACGGGAUUCCUGAAUAUCAUGGAUGAAUUGGGUGACUGA